CGUCUUGCCUCUACGCCGAGGCUCGCCACUCCUUCCGUUCUCCCUCAUUUCGUCUCGCCUAUGACUACAGUGAAUGUGCUCGACAUGGCUGAGGCCGCUAUCUCUGCUGCAGUCCAUGGCCAUGACCCUGUCAAAGCAGUCGCUACAGCCAAGGAGAAUGCCAGUGGCGAACGGGUGGCAUCGCCCACAAUCAAAAUUCCACCCCGGGAUUUCAAUGCGCCUAAUGACUUGAAGACGCCCAAGACGCCCGCUGAUGAGGGCAUCGAGUUCUUCGAGUCCGCCGUCGUCCCUGGUGAAGCUCCAAUCCAGGUCUAUGAGCUCAAGCUGGAUUCCGAUGGCGGUCCUAGCAAGGACAAGUCGUACAUCCGGCUUCCGCCACCGUACAUACCAUACGUCCUGCGAAUCAGCCUGGAUGCGGGAACGCCUGCUUCGAGGAACGGAGUCUUCAAGACUAACUUCCCUAUAGACGGAGGGGUUUUUGACCGCAACCGAUUUGCAGAGCGAAAGCUCCCGACGAACGUAUCAAAGCCUAUUCAAAUAGAUUUACCUAUCUCCCAUGGAGGUGCCUUCGCGUACUGGGUAGAGUUCGAUGGACAUGACGGUGAACGCGAGACAGGAAGAGAGGGCUACUUCAACAUUGACCCGGCUUUGCAGAUCCGGAAGCGCUCGCCCAUCCUUUCCGAAGAGUUGGUCCCGAUCCCAGCUGAAUCUGGAGGGGCAUCUGUUGAAGGGACAAUUGUGAAUUUAUCCUUGGACGGACUUGUCAUCUUGACUGUAGUAUCGAAAUGGAUGGGGACACUGGACGAAUGGAGGCCUCAUUUGCAGGAGGCUUCAGAGAGAGGCUACAAUAUGCUACACUUCACUCCGCUGCAACAACGUGGAGUAAGCCAGAGUCCGUACUCGCUUGCAGACUUCAUGUCUUACGACUCGGAGCUUUUUGAGCCUGGAUGGACGGGUUCCGACGAGGACAAGACGAAACGCGUCGAGGACAUCCUGCAAGUUGCGAGAGAAGAGUAUGGCAUACUAAGCAUGACAGAUGUCGUCCUUAACCAUGCGGCGAACAACAGUCCUUGGUUGCUGGAACACCCGGAAGCUGGUUACAGUCCCUCCAACACCCCUCACCUUACGCCAGCCUUAGAGCUCGACGAUGCAAUGGUCGAUUUCUCUAUGUCGUUAUCAGCCAAGGGCUUGCCCACUAGGGUCGAUUCGAAUGGCGACAUCGAAAUGCUCAUCAACGCCUUUCACCAGGAACUCAAUGCUCUAAAUUUCUGGCAAUACUACGUGCUGGAUGUCAAAAAGGAGAGGGAAUCUGUCAAGGCUGCUCUUGCGGCCGCACCUACCUGGAAUGGACCGGACAUUGCAAGGAAAACCGUCGCAGAACUGGCCGACUUCAUCCGCGCUAACGGAGAGCUUGAUGAAAGCAAGAAGUUUCAUACUCGCUAUGCCGUAACGGUGGAUCCACAAUAUGCAGCUGGUUUGGUCAAGGCAGCCUUUACCGAGCUUGAGGAUGAAGAAGCUCUGGCCGAUGCCUGGGUAAGAGUUGUUGAUGUCCUCAACGUUCCGUUAUACCGAGAAUGGGAAGAAGAUACACGUGUUGCGUUGGAAAACAUGAAGAAUCGACUCGAUUACACAAGACUCGCUAGUCAUGGUCCGAAACUGGGAGAAAUAACGGAAGAAUUACCUCUCGUAGACACAUACUUUACACGCCUUAAGGUAGACAAAUAUGACCCACAAGUGCACGCCGUAGCGAAUAAUGGAUGGAUAUGGGAUGCUGACCCGUUACAAAACUUUGCAUUGAAGCCAUCGAAGGCCUACCUUCGCCGGGAAGUGAUUGCCUGGGGCGAUUGUGUUAAACUUCGUUAUGGUGAAGGGCCUGAAGACAAUCCUUGGCUUUGGGAGCAUAUGACACAUUACGUGCAAAGUCUUGCAGCUGCAUUCGACGGUUUUCGAAUAGACAAUUGCCAUUCAACGCCAUUGCAUGUGGGUGUCACACUUCUUGACGCUGCCCGAGUCGUAAAUCCCGACCUAUAUGUUUGUGCGGAGUUGUUCACGGGUAGCGAAGAUACAGAUACGUAUUUCGUGAGCCGACUCGGUAUCAACAGCUUGAUCCGGGAGGCGUACAAUGGUCACGACCCAAAAGAAUUCUCCAGACUCUUGUAUAGAUAUGGAGUCGGCAAGCCGAUUGGUUCGAUGGACGCUGCGUGUCUCACAAGUACCGACGAACUUCCUCCACCGACAGGGAAAGGACCGAGUCGACAGUGUAUAGUCACUCCACUUCAGGGCUCUGUUCCACAUGCAGUGAUGUUUGAUCUGACUCAUGAUAAUGAAACGCCUAUGUUCAAGCGUAGCGCCGAAGAUGCACUUUCUACCGGUGCUCUCGUAACAUUCUCGUACUCGGGAAUUGGGUCCGUCAAGGGAUUUGACGACUUGUACCCGAAGCACCUGAACAUCGUUGGCGAGAUGCGGAAGUACGCGUUGGACGGCUCCAAUGGGAUUAGUUCCAUGAAGCGCGUAUUCAAUCAUUUGCAUACAGAGAUGAUGAUUGAAGGCUUCAGUGAGGGCCACGUACACCAAGAGAAUGAUUACAUUGUCUUGCACCGAGUUCAGCCUCAUACUCAAAAAGGUUAUUUGCUUGUAGCGCAUACAGCCUUCUCCAAAGGAUCUAAGGAUCGAGGAUGGAUCGAGCCGAUUAAACUCAGGAGGACUAAGGCUAAAUUUAUCCUUGGUUCAGCCAUAGAUAUCACUUCCUACGAAGUUGCGGAUGAGAAGUUGCUGCGUGGACUCCCUUCAUCCCUAAUUAGCCUCGAUCCGGUACAACCGCACGAGUCUUCGGACCACGAAGGAUCGUAUUCGGAAAUUAUUGUUCCGGACUACUUCCCUCCAGGCAGUGUCAUGCUGUUUGAGACAGAACUGGAGGGCAUUGAUGCAGAGCUUGACUCCUUCUGUGCCUUAGGAGCUGAGGAGGCGUUCGCAGAUCUUGACUUCAUAGACCUUAAUAUCAUUUUGCAUCGUGCAGAAGGCGAAGAAUUGGACGCGACUGACGGUGCUAUUGCUGCUUAUGACGUGCCGGGAAUGGGCAAGCUGGCAUACUGCGGCUUGGAGGGCUGGAUGCAUUCUCUAAGACAUAUCAUGAAACAUAAUGAUCUGGGCCAUCCACUCUGUGGAAAUUUGCGAGAUGGGUCUUGGAGUAUGGACUAUAUUCACGGGCGCUUAGUAAGGCAAGCUGAGAUUUUACCGCGACUAGCGAAUCCAGCUGCUUGGUUUAAGGAGAAGUUUGACAAAAUUAGGACAGGCAUUCCGCCUUUCCUGCGUCCGAAGUUCUUCGCCAUCGUAAUAUCCACAGCAUACAAGGCGGCUCGUCGCGCUGUUGUUGAGCAGUGUUCCGAGUUCGUCGCAUCUGGACAUGACCUCACACAAGAUCUGGCGUUAUGUUCCGUACAAAUGUACGGCCUCGUGAAGUCGGCGUCACUUGAUCCCGGCAAGCCCGUACCUUCCUUAGCCGCUGGUCUGCCCCACUUUGCCGCUGGUUGGGCAAGAACUUGGGGAAGGGAUGUAUUCAUUUCCUUGAGGGGACUGUUUUUGACGACGGGAAACUUUGAGGGAGCGAAAUCGCAUAUUCUGGCAUUCGCAUCGACCCUUAAACACGGUCUGAUUCCGAACCUUCUUGACUCAGUCAGAAGUCCGAGGUACAAUUCUCGUGACUCUCCGUGGUGGAUGCUCCAAAAUAUUCAAGACUACGUACAGUUCGCACCCGAUGGGCUGUCACUUCUAAACGAGUCAGUUAAGAGGAGGUUCCCGAAGGAUGAUUCGUUUGUGCCGUGGAAUGACCCGAAAGCGUACGCAUACUCGAGUACAGUCGCGGAGAUUAUCCAGGAAAUCUUACAACGGCACGCUAAUGGAAUACACUUCCGGGAGUACAAUGCCGGUCCUAACCUUGACGUACAGAUGCGUGACGAAGGUUUCAAUAUUGACGUUGCUGUAGACUGGUCGACGGGAUUUGUUCACGGUGGAAACAGGUACAACUGCGGUACAUGGAUGGACAAGAUGGGAGAAUCGGUGAAAGCAGGUACGAAAGGUACACCUGGUACGCCACGAGAUGGUGCACCGGUGGAGAUUACGGGACUCGUCGCAAGUACGGUCCGGUGGCUCCAUGAACUUUCCGAGGUGAACAAAUUCCCGUUUAAAGGCGUUGAAGCCGAAAUUGAUGGGACACGUCGUCUCGUCACUUACAAGGAAUGGGCUGAUCUUAUCAGAACCAAUUUCGAGACACACUACUACGUCCCUGCUGCUGCCGAGGACGAUGCGAAAUACCAUGUAGACCCCAAUAUCAUAAACCGUCGCGGAAUUUACAAGGACGUCUUCGGCUCUGGAGAAGGGAGGGAAUGGUCAGACUAUCAAUUACGGUGCAACUUCCCGAUUGCUAUGGCUGUUGCUCCUGAGCUAUUUGAUCCCGAUGACGCCUUGGCCGCUCUUAAACUAGUGGAUAAGGUCCUUCGGAGUCCGUUAGGGAUGAAGACUCUUGACCCGAUGGAUUCUCAAUACAGACCGAAUUAUGACAACUCGAAUGACUCAGACGAUCCAAGUAUUGCCAAAGGUCUCAACUAUCAUAACGGGCCGGAGUGGGGAUGGCCACUCGGUUACUUCUUGCGUGCAUACUUAUACUUCGACACUUUUGUCGGAGCAGGAAAGGAGGACAAGAAUGUCACCCUUCAUCGCCUGCACAGGUACCUUUUACCAACUAGACUUCACAUACAGAACGAUCGAUGGAGAGGUAUUCCGGAGCUGACUAAUGAGAAUGGAUCGUUCUGCUACGACUCAUGUGCUACACAAGCAUGGAGCGCAAGUACAUUGCUGGACUUCCUUGAGGACGCGCAUCAAAUUAGUAAUGAAGACUGACCCACCGAAGACUCGUUCUCUGUAAACGUGUUGUUUCUUGGACAUUGACUUCCGUAUGACCUGCUUGGAGUUUUGGAUUUGUAUAAAUCAUCGCACGUACACGAGGGGUCGAAGAUACAUUUGAAAGCAUGGACAGUUGUAGAUACAUAAUCAUCUUCGUUCGACCGCUAUAUACAUGGAUUAUCGAAUAUACCGUAGAUGACCGUUACGAAUACACAUUUGAAUCUAAC